GACAGCGUGAGCAGCGAAGUGGUCCAAGCGAGUGGCUUGCGAGCUGCGCUUCUCUUGCAAACUUCUCGGGAAUACGGCGUCCGCGACCUGGUCCCUCCCCUUUCAGAAAUGAAACUUGCUUACCCUGUCGACUAAAAGCCAUGACAGUCAGUUGACUCGGCUAGCGGUGCCGCGGGUGGCGCAGAGGCGCCGCUGCCCCGGGCCGUGUCGCAGUACGGAUCGCGACGGUGGGAGGGGAGUCGGAGGCGGGCGACGAGCCUGCCCGGGACCUGUGGGUAGGCUGUGCACCUAAACCCGGAGCGCCGGCGGGCGACAAAGCAGAAGUGCGCUUCCUUGAGGCAAGGGGGGACUUCGGGGGAAAACGCCUGGCCGGUUUCUCCGGAGAACACGAGUUGACCCAUCCUCACUAGAACCGACAGUUAGGGCUGGACCCCGCGGAAGGGGUCAGCUCAGUCCCCUUCCUGGGACCUACUGCCUUUUUAACUUCCUUUUUACUUAGUUAUUUAUUUUUUUUAAUGGAGUUACAACAUGCAAACAAUUGAGUGCUUCAAGUGCACCUAUUACUAUGAAGACUAAUUCUUUGUAUUGUGACAGUUGGUUUUCAGAGUAUUUGAUAGGUGGGGUAGGAUCUCUGACCUCCCCCGGAAAUGAAGUUAAGAUCCAUCAAUCCUCCUGAAGUAGACUCCUGGCGGCCCAGCUGCUCUCCGGGGUGGGGAUGAGAGUGGCCAUUGUUGGCUACACUAACCUUUCAACGUUGUGUGACUUGGCCAGGAAGCAAGAUGAGGGCGGUAGAAGCACUUACUUACCAGGAAUUGUGCCGAGUCUUAAAUCCCCAGAGGUAUUACUGAGGGGGUGAGACCUGCACACUCGACCAUGCAGUUGAAGAGUGGGGUGGGGACUGGAGAAUGCUGACUUUUCUCUUGGCUUUCAGGGAGGCCGUUUGAGCUGGACCAGCAUCUGUCCUUUGCCAUUGCUGGUGAAGAUGGAAAACUUAAUAUCUCUGGAGUCAAGCUUUUACUUGAGAUAACUGAAACCUUAUGUCUUAAGUGUCCCUGGCAAGGACGGCCCAGGAUGGCAGAGGAGAGCAGCAGUACCAGGGACUGCGUGUCCUUCAGCGUGCUCAACUGGGACCAGGUCAGCCGGCUGCACGAGGUCCUGACCGAGGUCGUGCCCGUCCACGGGCGAGGCAACUUCCCAACCCUGGAGAUCACUCUGAAGGACAUCGUGCAGACCGUCCGCAGCCGGCUGGAGGAGGCGGGCAUCAAGGUUCAGGACGUCCGGCUGAAUGGCUCUGCAGCUGGCCACGUCCUGGUCAAAGACAACGGCCUGGGUUGCAAAGACCUGGACCUGAUCUUCCACGUGGCCCUCCCCACGGAGGCGGAGUUUCAGCUGGUCAGAGAUGUGGUUCUGUGCUCCCUCCUGAACUUCCUGCCCGAGGGCGUGAACAAGCUCAAAAUCAGCCCCGUGACCCUGAAGGAGGCCUACGUGCAGAAGCUGGUGAAGGUUUGCACGGAUGCCGACCGCUGGAGCCUCAUCUCCCUGUCCAACAAGAACGGGAGGAACGUGGAGCUGAAGUUCGUCGACUCCAUCCGGCGUCAGUUCGAGUUCAGCGUAGACUCCUUUCAGAUCAUCCUGGAUUCUCUGCUCUUCUUCUACGACUGCUCCAGCGGCCCCCUCUCCGAGCACCUGCACCCCACGGUGAUCGGGGAGAGCGUGUACGGGGACUUCGAGGAAGCCUUCGACCACCUGCAGAACAGACUGAUCGCCACCAAGAACCCCGAGGAGAUCAGGGGCGGGGGGCUGCUCAAGUACAGCAACCUCCUCGUGCGGGACUUCAGGCCCACAGACCAGGAAGAGAUCAAAACCCUCGAGCGCUACAUGUGCUCCAGGUUCUUCAUCGACUUCCCAGACAUCCUCGAGCAGCAGAGGAAGCUGGAGACCUACCUUCAGAACCACUUCGCGGAGGAAGAGAGGAGCAAGUACGACUACCUCAUGAUCCUCCGCAGGGUGGUCAACGAGAGCACCGUGUGCCUCAUGGGGCACGAACGCCGGCAGACGCUGAACCUCAUCUCCCUGCUGGCCUUGCGCGUGCUGGCGGAGCAGAACAUCAUCCCCAGCGCCACCAACGUCACCUGCUACUACCAGCCCGCGCCUUACGUCAGCGAUGGCAACUUCAACAACUACUACGUCGCCCAGCCCCCGGUUCCCUACAGCCAGCCGUACCCUACCUGGCUGCCCUGUAACUAACCUCGAACCUGAGGGUUCCACAGCGGGAACCCCCGUAGGGCAAGGGCUCUCAGGUAGGGGAGCCUCCUUCUAGAUGUAGGUGUUUGGCUUUUAAAGGGGAACUCAGCUCUGAUUCUGCUUUUUUUUUUUUUUUUUUUCUUUGUAUACCCAUUGGAAUGGGUCUACAGUAUAUCAUGAGCCAACCCUAAGGGGACCCCAUUAUUCCAGUGCCACUUUGGAAAAUGCCGUGGGAAGUAUGACCUAUCCACAUCUUUCCAAGACAGACACUAACGUGUCGCGUCCCGAACACCAGCACAGGGGGACUCGAGCUCUGUGCGGUAAUCGAGAUUGGGGGCCGGGGGUGCUCGGGCAGUGUGUCAGACGUGUCGGCUCCUUGUCUUCUCACCUGAGCCUGGAGUAGCUACGUUGGCCCUCACCUGGGAGUCUCAGUUACAUGCAGGUUGUGCUGAUCGUGUGUUUCCUUGUGUCAAUUUCAGUCAGGCAGAGCAUGGUAAACAUGAGGGUGCUCCCGUGACUUACUUUUUGUUCCAAGGACGACAUCGCUGAUGUUUAUUCCCUGUCAGCAGAGCUGAGGAUUUCUUUCAUCAAUAAACCAAAGCCGAUAGCUGGAGGAUUGAGGUCUGGUUGCAAGUGGUUUAUGGUUUAGAUGCUGUGCUAUCACAAGGAAUUGUGUGAGAGAUUGCUGAGAAGAAAAAAAAAAAAAAGACCUUUUCUUGAAAUGUAACUUGAAAAUAAAAUAAAAUGUGGAACAUAAAGUUCAAAUAGAAUCGUGGUGGUGGUGGCGGGUGAUUGUAAAUAGGAGGCGUGAAUGUCCAAAUGUUUUUUUUCUUUAAGGGAUUAUCAUUGAACGACACUUCCUUUAUCCUCAUCAGUCCAUCCCGUCCGCUUCGCUCUUCCUGAGGAUUGUGCUGAGUCUGCUGCAGUCACUGCAGUAGGUGACAUGGGAGAAUCUUCCCGUGUUUUAAUUGGAAACCCGUUUUGGUCACAUUCCAAGUAUGACAAGCUGUUUUUCGGGAGUCCUUUGGCUGAUUGUGUGUGUGUGUGUGUGUGUGUGUGUGUUCGAGUAGCAACUUCCUCCUGCAGGUUGUUUUGACAGCAGGUAAAAUUCGGGGAUUUCAGUGGAAUGGAGUGACCUGUGGAGUGAUCUGCUCCUGUGGGCUGAGUUUUUGGGCUUAGAAUUGCUCUAGGCUGGAAACCGCUGUCCCCAUGCCAUGCGUGAGGUAGAGUUUCGUGUCCGGUCGGGCCUCGAGUGUGUCAGCAGUACCGAGGCUCCUUGCAAUGAUCAAUUCUGGUGUAUUUGGGGAAGACUUGAGUGAAUGAAUGAAGACUGAUCUUUCUUAUUCUGGUAGAUUUGACUAUGUUUGUUUAUAUUCUGCACUUUAGAAGAAAAACAGUGUUAAUCUCUAGUCUAAAGCAAGCUUAGUGAACGGGAGACUUCUAGGCGUCUGUUGCUUUGCCGAUAGAUUAAAUAAGGGAUUUCGUGUUUUGACACUUUUUGUGGGAUCUCUUAGAAAGCAUCACUUUAGGGUGUCAAAGGCAAAGAGACUCCAUAUUGCCAGCCAGCUUGGUUUCUCAAGUGAUUUAAUCAAGCCCAUACUCCUGAUUUUAAAUUUCUCCUGUGGUCGUAAACCCCCCAAGCCCUGAGUGAGUGCUUUCUCCUGCUUUAAGCAGCAGAGUUACCUUAAUGCAGAAAUGCUCGAUAGAAAAUGAGUGGUUUACCUUUUUCUAAAGAUUAUAUAUUUUCAGGUUUUUUUUCUAGAAUGUUAUGUCUUGGUCCUCUUUAAAGUAGAUGGGGCAUGACUGAACCCCAAGGCUUCACUGGUAUCCAGGCUGUGUUGCAGUUGGUGACUAGAAGCCACUUCUUAGUGUGACCAGCUCCUGUCUCCCUGAGAGCCGGUUAUAUUUGAAUUCGCUGGCUUUGAGUCAAGGCUGGUUCUACAUGGGGGGCGGGGAUAGGGUGGGGUGGGGUGCUUCAGUGUUAAAAGGGGGACAAUGAAGAGUGAAUCUCAACUUUACAAAUGACGUGGUCAUCCAUGACCUUAAAAGACUGCCAUUGUGGUCAAAUGGCAACACGUUUGCACAAAAAUGACAGGUCUGUUUAACCAAAGCUUUGAAAUGUGCUGAAGCUGCCAACAAAAGCACUUGCCCGCAGAAGGCAUGCCGCCUCUGCUGGGAGGCUCGGGGAUCAGGGUGACGAGGCUCCAGAUGAAGGUGGGAUCAGAAGCGCAUCGAGUAAUUAAAUUUCCAGUUUGUCUUCAGAGCUCUUUCUGCUCCCCUCCCCCCACCCCAGCCCACCUGAUCUGGUAUUAGUCCUUCUUCGAGGGUGAAGGGAGGCACAGAAGUUGCUAGAAUUCCCCCCCACCCCACCCCCAGUUCUUUACCACGCUUCGUGAUGGCCAGCUCGGUAGAAUCUCUGCACCUGAAGUUCUUAGCCCAGCUGUUUUGGAGUUUGAGCAUAGACAUGUGUUCUACACCCAUCGGGGUAAAAAGCUGCACUUUCGAAACACCACCCUGGUCUAGUGGCGCCUUUUGGCUGCCUCAGAAUAGACCAGGUAACCUUGAAUUUGAGGCGUCUAGAAAUUCUAGCUGAAACCUGCCUUGCCUUCUGCUCCCACAAGCACCAGUUGCUCUGAACUUGUACUGAGUCCAGCGGUUCCUCUUUUCUGUGUGUUGAGUAACAUGAAACUCAGCAGUGGCCAAGGGCACCAAAGUUCAAGUACAAGUUCUAAUAUACAUUUAAGUGGACUCAUUCGCUUCGGUUCUCCGAUGCUUCCUGCACAUGCGCAUGCAGCUCGGUACCCCAGCUCUCGGACUCGGCUGAGCAGCAGGGAGAGGAACGCCGUACCCCCUCUCCUCGUGUGGCAGGAGGGUACUCGCUAAGUUCGGGGCUCCGAGCUUCAGUCUCACCUUACACUAUUCCUUACUCAAGAACUUCAACUCGGAAACUAAACUCUGUAUCACGAACACCUUCAGUCCCGGAGGAGUCAGGAUGCCUGAUACGUGGUAACAAACGUGGUUUGGCAUUUCAGUUUUUGUCCGCUCUUCUCCCCAGUUUGAUUUUUCCCUGGAGCCUUGAGUUACAGCCAUCUGUGUGGGAACCUGUGUGUGCGUGUGUGUGUGGUGACACAUUAAUAAGCAAAUUGCUAAAAAUCUGCCUGUCCUUCAGCCUCUCCACUAGAACUUACCUUCACGGUAGGCUCGACUUUCAACUGGUAUUGCUGCCUCAACUCUGGGCAGUGGUGCCCCUCAAAAGCACCUCCCCAACUUUCAGAACGCCUCCUUUCUAGUUAACUUUCUGGUACUGGUGACUUGCUUUAGGAUGCAGCUAGAUUCUGAGCUCAAACGUCCUCUUCCGGAGAAUAAAUGAUAGUCAUCCAGUUGAGACAAGAGACCAUUACUUCGGGGGUAUCUACCUGACUGGGGCUCCACGCUAGGGAGAACCCUUUGGGGGGAUUUCAUAACGUGAACGAACUCCCAGCUGCCCAGGUUGAAUGCAUAUCCUUAGUCUGGCAGAGACCAGCAUGUCACAGCUGACUUUGGAACAUGUUCCAGUUCAGCCUGUUAAACUCACAGGACCAAGGAGGACCGAAGGGGGUUAUGUUUUAAAAGGCCUGGCAACUUCUCAGGCGUAUUUGUGGAGACAUCCAAAGUGAGGACCAGGAAAGGAAAUGCCUUUUUGUGAGUUCAGUCCUAAAUCUUGUUUACCUAUCACUUAAUUAAAAAAAAAAAAAAA